AUGCAUCUUGAGCCUAGUGAUAAAAUCCAGGCUUCAGCCAACGUUGGGUGGGGCAUCUACGAGGAAGGGAUAAAGACAUUAUUUUCCUUUUCCUUCCUGCCUUCCAGAUUUACCCUCUAUGCGGUAGAUACACGAGGGAGACACUCAGAGCUGAGCACGGUCACCCUGAGGACAGCCUGCCCGCUGGUAGACGACAGCAAGGCAGAAGAGAUAGCUGACAAAAUCUACAACCUCUACAACGGCUACACCAGUGGGAAGGAGCAGCAGACCGCCUAUUACAACUCCCACUAUGAGAAGUUCGGAGACUUUGUCUGGCGCAGUGAGGACGAGCUGGGGCCCAGGAAGGCACACCUGAUCCUGAGGAGGCUGGAGAAGGUCAGCAGUCACUGCUCGACCCUGCUACGCAGUGCCUACAUCCAGAGCCGCACGGAGACCAUGCCCUACUUGUUCUGCCGCAGCGAAGAAGUCCGGCCGCCCGGCAUGGUCUGGUACAGCAUCCUAAAGGACACCAAAGUCACGUGCGAGGAGAAGAUGGUCUCCAUGCUGCGCAACACGUACGGGGAGUCCAAGGGGCGGUGAGGGAAGGUGUGGGCCUGGAGCUGUGGGAGGCAAAGGGACUCCGAGGAGUCGAGGACUCGUGAUGUGCUGAGUGGCUGGUGGGGUUCGGGGUCGGGUGGUGGUCGGAGGGGUGGAAGGGGACAGCGAGGCCAAACAGGACUUUCUCACGCAGAUGGCAGAGAAACAAGGAAUCAGCAAGUUGGACUUUAAUUUCUUUUCCUUUUUUUUUUUUUUUAAUUUUUUCAA